AUGGACGCCCAGAUCCAAAAGGCCGUCGAGAUCGUGUGGGAUCCAACGGGCGAUCAAUCUAUCAAAGCUCAGGCCUAUGAUUUCCUUCAACAGCUGAGAUCUGACCCCCAGGCAUGGCAAGCCUGUGUCAGCCUCUUCACCAGAACCCCGCGGGUCUCUGAGAUCGUCCGCCACGUCUGCCUCGAGCUGAUCAGCAACACUGUCCACACACACACUCUCGAUCUCCAGAGCUUGCUCUUCCUGAGGGAUGCCCUAUUGUCCUACGUGCGUGAGACGUACGGCACAAAUCACCCCGACUCGGUCGACUCGGCCAAUCUACAGAAUAAAAUUACCCAGACACUGACCUACUUGUUCGUGGCCUUGUACCAGCAAGGAUGGGAGUCCUUUUUUGAGGACUUUCUGGCGCUCACCGCUUUCCCUGGCAGUUCGACCCACGAUAACAUCAUGGGCACCAUACUGUAUCUUCGUAUACUGAACAAUGUUCACGACGAGAUUGCCGACCAGGUGGUCAUGCGCCAAGGUAACGAGGUCAAGAUCCAUACCGAACUGAAAGAUCUGGUGAGAGCCCGGGAUGUUGCCAGGAUAGCUCAGUCCUGGCAGGAUCUCCUCGCGGAACACGCCAGCCAGAAUGAGCUCAUCGUCGAGUCGACUCUCAAGGUCAUCGGAAAGUGGGUAAGCUGGAUCGAUAUUUCUCUCAUCAUUAACGAUUCCAUGAUGAGCCGCAUUUUUCCAUUGAUCGGUCGUGCCAACCCCAACGGCGGUGAGGACAAGGUCCGAGAUGCAGCUGUCGACGCCUUCACCGAGAUAGUGGGCAAGAAGAUGCGCCCUGCCGACAAAGCCAACAUGAUAUCGUUCCUCAACCUUCGGGAUAUUAUUGCCCAGCUCAUCGCCAGCCCUCCUCUGAACGAAUUUAAGGGCACUCCUCGCUACGAUACAGAUCUUGGCGAGGCUGUCGCCAAGCUAGUAAAUACUGUGCUGGCAGAUCUUGUCCGCGUGCUUGAAGAUCGGGCUACGGACGAAGACACACGCGCAAAAGCUAAUCAGCAAUUGCAAGAGUUUUUGCCUCUGCUUCUCCGCUUCUUUAGUGAUGAGUACGACGAAAUAUGCUCUACAGUUAUCCCGUCGCUUACAGAUAUCCUGACGUAUUUGCGAAAGCUGUCCGAGUUGCCUGGGUCAUUUCGCGAUAUGCUGCCGCCUAUUCUGAAUGCCAUUAUUAUGAAGAUGAGAUAUGAUGAGACGUCGACCUGGGGCCACGAGGAUGAGCAGACUGACGAGGCUGAAUUCCAAGAAUUACGUAAACGAUUGCAGCUUCUACAGAAGAGCGUAGCUGCGGCAGAUCAUAAUCUCUACGUCGAGGUUUUGAGUAAUCUGGUGGCCAACACAUUUCAGCGCUUAGAUGAGCAAGGCUCGCACUUGGACUGGAGGGACCUGGACCUGGCCCUCCAUGAGAUGUAUCUGUUUGGAGAAUCUGCGAAAUCCUCCGUGCCUCUCCAGGGCUUGGCUUCCAACAAGAAUCAGCCAGCAACGCCUGCCGCCGAGCGACUCAUGGCUCUAAUGACCAAGAUGAUACAGUCAGGUGUCGCCGGCUUCCCUCACCCAGCGAUUACUCUUCAGUACAUGGAGAUUAUCGUCCGUUAUUGGAAUUUCUUCGAGAUGGAAGGCAACUCGUCGCUAAUAGCACAGGUGCUCGAGAACUUUGUCCAAUUUGUGCAUCACGAUCAUGUGAGAAUUCGCAGUCGCUCAUGGUAUCUUUUCCAUCGGUUUGUAAAGCACCUUCGUGCCUAUGUUGGGAAUGUUGCAGAGACUGUCAUUCAGUCAAUCGCGGAUCUGCUACCCAUCAAGGCCGAGGUCCCAGGCGAAGAUGCUGAUGACGACAUGUCAUCUGAUGAAAUUGACAACUCUGCCGAUGCUGUUUUCACCAGUCAGUUGUAUCUUUUUGAGGCCAUUGGCUGCAUUUCAUCCACUUCUAGUACCCCAGCCGAAAAGCAAGCCUUGUACGCUCGAUCCAUAAUCGACCCUCUAUUUCGGGAUAUGGAAGAGCAUCUGCCUCGAGCCAAAUCGGGGGAUGCACAAGCCAUCCUCCAGGUCCACCACAUCAUCAUGGCACUGGGUACCCUGGCCCACGGCUUCUCGGACUGGACUCCAGGUUCGACUUCUUCUAACCAGCGGCCGCCACCGGACAAGGUCUUGUCGAGCGAAUUUUCAAGGGCUGCCGAAGCUAUCCUGAUCGCGCUCAGUCAGCUCAACGGAUCUGCCGAGAUCCGUGCUGCGUGUCGAUCAGCCUUUUCCCGUCUUCUGGGUGUUCUAGGGGCGGCUGUCUUACCUCAGCUGCCUCAGUGGAUCGAGGGGCUCUUGUCACAGAGCUCGUCAAAGGACGAGAUGGCCAUGUUCCUCCGUCUCCUGGACCAGGUGGUUUAUGGCUUCAAGACUGAGAUCUACGAUGUACUCAACAUGCUCCUGACACCCCUCUUGCAGCGGGUCUUUGGUGGUCUGUCUGAGCCCAUGGAUGGCACCGAUGAUGAGAUCCAGCUUGCCGAGCUGCGUCGCGAGUACCUCAGCUUUAUUGGCGUGAUUCUAAACAAUGACCUUGGUGGUGUGCUCGUGUCAGAGGCAAACCAAGGCUUUUUCGAUUCGCUGAUCAGCUCCAUUUUGACGCUGGCCGGAGACAUCAGCUCCGGUAACCUACCAGCUAGUCGCCUCGCAUUCGGCAUCCUUUCGCGCAUGGCGGGCGUCUGGGGCGGGCCAGACGUGGCAAAUAUCGCGGCCAACCCUUCCGCACCAAGCGGCUCGCCUUCCCCAGCCAUUCCCGGAUUCGACCAAUUCCUCCUUGACCGCUUCCACGCAGUCUGCUGGGACGUCAUGAGAAACCCGCAAUUCAGACCUUCGCAGGAUGCCCAGACCAAGCAAGUUCUUACCGAGAUUGCGGGUCUGGAACAAGCCAUCUAUCUCAAGACGGGUGAAGUCUUUAUCCAGCACCUGCAGGUUUCUCUCUUCCCAAGCCUUGGCAUCGAUGGCAACGACUUUCUUCGGCCGAUGACGACAUCCACGGACCGAAAGACAUUUUCUAGAUAUUUACAAGAGCUUCAGAAAUCGUUCAGAUCGUAG